AUGAGUCUCUGCGCUGACUGUGUCAAAGGUGUUAGGCAUGAAGGCACCCUCGAAGGUCAACUGGAGAAUAUUGGGGGCAUUGAGUGCUAUACAGCUACCCCAGCGGGCGACUUCCCCAAGGACAAAGUGCUUUUAUUCCUUCCCGAUGCGUUCGGUAUCAGUCUUAUCAACUCCAAACUUUUAGUGGAUGACUUUGCUCGCAAUGGAUUCAAGACAGUAGCACCAGAUAUAUUCAACGGGGAUCCUGUUCCAGAAGACUAUCUAGACAGCAAGCGUCAGUUCUCCCUCGCAGACUGGUUCAAAACACAUGCGCCGGAACACACACGCCCGACUAUUGACAAGGUCGUAACGGCGCUGAAGGAACAAGGAGUAAAGCAUUUUGCUGCUACUGGGUAUUGCUUUGGAGGACGAUACUGCUUCGAUCUGGCCUUUGAUAACGUUGUAGAUGCGGUAGUUGUCUCACAUCCUUCUCUUUUAAAGAUUCCCGAAGACCUGGAGAAAUAUGCGAAGAACUCUAAGGCACCGCUCCUCAUCAACAGUUGUACAACUGACUCUCAGUUUCCUCUCGAAGCGCAAGCUCAGGCAGACCAAAUACUCGGAGGGGGUCAGUUCGCUCCUGGAUACAAAAGAGAGUACUGGGACGGUUGCACCCACGGCUUCGCCGUAAGGGGAGAUCUCAGCGAUCUUAAAGUCAAACAGGGGAAAGAGGGGUCCUUCAAGGCCGCUGUUCUAUGGUUCAAACAAUACCUUUAA